AGGUUUUGAUAUGAUGCAAAUCUCUGUACUUUUCCUAAUUUCUUUCUUCCUCAACCCCAGUCUCAGUGAAGAUGCAGUGGACGAGAACAUGGGGACACAUCAGCUAAUGCGACUGGUGGAUCUGCUGACAGUGCAUGAGUGUGAAGAGCUUCUCUUGACCCUGUCUCACCCAGAGGAGAACAUUUUUAACCAGCUUGACCGCCUGUCUGAGGAGAAGAACGUACUGAGACUGCCUUCCCGCAGACAGAGGGAUCUAGAUAAAGACUUCCACUGCCGUCCAGCUCUGAUAGACUGGCUCCAAAGUUUUGGCAAGCAGACCUACCUCAACAGACUGUCUCGUGCUCUGCAACAGAUCAGAAGGACUGACAUUGCCAUAGAGGUGGGAAAGAACAUUAACCAGGACAAGGCUCUGAGCAUGCAGCGGUAUGUUGAGGAAUAUCAUGAGCGAAUAAACAAAAUGCAGUCUAAUCUCCCACAAACCCAAGCUGAGGCAGAGCAUCACGAAGAAAUGCCAUGUUGUUCUGAAAAACAAGAAAGAAGCCUGACUUUGGAGGAUCUGGAUUUAGUAGUGAAAAGGAAUCCAGUGCCACCCUAUCAGCAUUGCAUGCUGGAUGCCGCAAAGCCUUUGAUCUAUGGGCUAAUUCUUGGAUUUGGUAGUGCGCUGCUUGUAGGCAUGUCUUUACUGGUUAUUGUACCACAUCUAUACCUUUGUGGCUUUUCCCGUAAAUUCAACUUUAAAUCCCAGCACCAACUGCAAAACAUACAAUGCUAUUCCUCCACCUUAUCAGAAAGGAUUCUGUUGAAACAGGAGCAUUAAAAAGCAGAUCUUUUUUUUUUUUUUUUUUUAAUGAUGAAUGCAACCUAAUUGUAUUAAAAUAUAGUAAUGCUG